UUUGCAGGGUCAAAAUCAAUCGGGAAUGGGCGGCGGAAGGGAUGGAAAGGAUGACAAGGACAAGAAGGUUGGCUUUCUGGUGAUGAAACGGCGUCAACGACGCCCGCCACAACUCAGCGCGUUGCUAACAACGCUCGCCUCAACAGAAGGAAAAGCCUAAGUAUGAGCCGCCUCCGAGGCCUACCACGCGGAUCGGCCGCAAGAAGAAGAAGGCUGCUGGCACGAGUGCUGCUGCCAAGCUGCCUCCCGUCUACCCGACGAGCCGAUGCAAACUCCGGUUGCUGCGGAUGCAGCGCAUCCACGAUCACCUGCUGCUCGAAGAGGAAUAUGUCGAGAACCAGGAGCGUCUUCGGAAGGCGAAGACUGCCAAGGAUGAUGCAGCGCCCACUUCGGAGUUAGAUGCCAGCACUGACCGUAUGGCGGAUGAACGGAGCCGUGUCGACGACAUGCGAGGCAGUCCCAUGGGCGUUGGCACACUCGAGGAGAUGAUCGACGACGACCACGCCAUCGUCUCCAGCACCACCGGGCCAGAGUACUACGUCAGCAUUAUGAGUUUCGUCGACAAGGAUCUGCUCGAGCCAGGUGCAAGCGUGCUACUGCACCACAAGACAGUCAGCAUUGUCGGUGUUCUCACAGACGAUACGGAUCCGGCUGUGAGCGUCAUGAAGCUGGAUAAGGCGCCGACAGAGUCGUAUGCGGACAUCGGCGGCUUGGAGCAACAAAUUCAGGAAGUCCGCGAGUCCGUCGAACUGCCGCUGUUGCAUCCGGAGCUCUAUGAGGAGAUGGGUAUUAAACCGCCGAAGGGCGUCAUUCUUUACGGCGCACCCGGCACAGGGAAGACGCUGCUAGCCAAGGCCGUGGCCAACCAGACUUCUGCCACGUUCCUGCGAAUUGUUGGUAGUGAGCUGAUCCAGAAGUACCUCGGAGAUGGCCCCAGGCUGGUCCGCCAGUUGUUCCAGGUUGCCGCUGAGAACGCCCCAUCCAUCGUGUUCAUUGACGAAAUCGACGCUAUCGGUACAAAGCGGUACGAUUCCACGUCAGGUGGCGAACGUGAAGUGCAGAGGACUAUGCUGGAGCUUCUGAACCAGCUGGACGGUUUCGACGACCGUGGAGACGUCAAAGUCAUUAUGGCUACCAACAAGAUCGAGACGCUCGACCCGGCGCUGAUCCGUCCCGGCCGUAUCGAUCGCAAGAUCUUGUUCGAAAACCCAGACCAGAACACCAAGCGCAAGAUCUUUGCCCUUCAUACCAGCAAGAUGUCGCUAAACGAGGAUGUCGACCUGGAGGAGUUUAUUGCCCAAAAGGACGACCUCUCGGGUGCCGACAUCAAAGCCAUCUGCUCCGAGGCCGGGCUCAUGGCUCUGCGGGAGCGCCGCAUGCGCGUGCAGAUGGCUGACUUCCGGGCUGCUAGAGAAAGAGUGUUGCGUACAAAGCAGGAGGGCGAGCCGGAGGGACUGUAUUUGUAGGAUCUAAGUAUGACAAGUGAUAGUUGUGUCUGGAUGUCAGCGCAUGGAGAAUGGCUAUAGACAAGCGAUUCGCGCUGCGCAGGCCAUACACAAAGCGCAUUAACCUCCUGGCUUCGGUGAAGCAUGUCUGUGGGAUCUCUCAUCUUUUGAUGCCGUAUGAGAGCAACUGGAAAGCGAAGUGUCUAGGCUCAUUAUGUUCCGUUGGCUAAUUGUUCACAGCUUGGUUGUUUGGAACUAUUCUGGUUUUCUACUCGAGCAUCGCUGUUCAGGUGUUUCAGUAGCCUGCCAGACUUACGUAAAUUCUCAGACUACCAACCUUGCCUAUUAACUAC